GCUUGUACUUAAAUACGCCCAUAAUCUCAGUCCUACCACAUGUCUGAUGUCCCAGGACCCAAAAACUGUUACUGUAUCAGGGUUGGGGUAGAAAGCCUGAUUAGGGCACAAAUUACCAGGUUGGUUGGAAAAGUCUCGCCUUUUCCCUACCCUCUAGUUUCUCCAGCUGCAAAAACAAAGAAAACCGGGAGGAGCAAGGAUUUCAGACCUGGGCAUGCGAAAAAGGUGCAGUGGUUAACCUAUUCAUCCAUCCAUCCAUCACAGCAAGGAACCCCAGGGAGGAGGGGGAAGGAAAAGGUGUGCGUGGCGUUUUCACGAGAUGUCACAGUCAACGGCCUUUUUGCAGGCUCGCCACUAGCGUGUCAUUGGUGCUUGCCUUGCGCUGUAUAUAUACACGAUACACACGGAGACGCAGUGCGGGUGGAUGCAGAGCAGUUGGAGAGAGAGAAAGGGAGGACUCUUCUUCCCGUUUCCCUCUCCAAAUGUCUGAUUAGUUCUUGACCUGAAGAGUGAAGGGUAGUGGUGGUGGUAAAUGGAUACGGAACUCGUCAAUGUGGACAGAGCUGGGUUCCUUGGAGCUUAGCGUGACUUCAGAACACGCCAUUUCUUCGUUCUCGGAUCAUUUGGAGUCUCUUGCUUGAUUUUGGCGGUUUCUCUCCUCAGUUCUGAGCUCUGAGCAGCGACAAAUCUCUUCAGUUAGUUCUUGGUUGGUUCUCGAGCUGCGCCGAGCAAUGGAGGUGGAGGCGCCGGAGACGAAGGGGCACAGAGCUUUUGCCAAGGGGCCCUUUGCCAAGCCUCUGAAGUCUUUCAGUUAUUCAGAACGGCACAAACGACCCAAGAGUUAUUUUGAGGAAAUAUAUGGUACAGAUGCUUUGCGUUCUUCAGACAAAACCAUUGUUCUGCCUAAGCCGGAAGUUGUAAAAGCUAAUGUGAAAAGCGAUAUCAAUAAGGAUGUGCGACCUGGGAGGGGAGCACAAAGCACCUUGAGGAAAGAGAUUCUGCAACUAGAAAAGCACCUCAAGGAUCAGCAGGUUGUGCGUGGUGCCCUGGAAAAAGCUUUAGGGCCUGACGCUGCUCCAGUCAACAUGUCACCUGAGAAUCCAAUGCCAAAAGCCGCUAAUGAAUUGAUACGGGAGAUUGCCACAUUGGAGCUAGAGGUCAAGAACAUGGAGCAGUAUCUGCUGACGCUGUAUCGGAAAGCAUUUGAGCAGCAAGCACCUGCAUUUUCUCCUCCUGAUAACCGGGAAGCUUCAAAGCCAUCAUUGAGCUCACGGUCCGGGCAGCUCUGGGAAACGCCAAUGGCAAUGAAGUCUUUCAAGAGUAGAGAGGCUGCAGCACUCAGGUCCAGCUAUCCGCUGCCACAUAAGAAGUGGAAUGAUCCAUUGACAGAUUGCUGUACAUCAGUUCGUUCUGAUAGAGCAGUUGAUUCAGAUGUCCUCCGCUGCCAGUCUGCCUUAUCAUACCGUGGAGUUUGUUCAUCCAGAAUACUGCCUUCAGACGAUGAUAGUCUUGCAAGGGCUCUUCGCUCGUGCCACUCUCAACCUUUUUCAUUCCUAGAGGAAGGAGAGACUGGUGCGUCAGGAAUGAUAAGCUUAGCAGAGUAUCUAGGAACUAAUGUAGCUGACCACAUCCCUGAAACUCCCAAUAACCUGUCAGAGGAGAUGGUGAGAUGCAUGGCGGGGAUAUACUGCAGACUUGCAGACCCUCCGUUGGUUCACCAUGGUUCCUCAUCUUCGCCGACAUCGUCGUUCUCCUCAACAAGUGCAGUCUCUCCACAAUAUGUGGGCGACAUGUGGAGUCCCAACUACAAGAGAGAAACUACCCUAGACUCCCGAUUGAUAAACCCGUUCCAUGUCGAGGGUUUGAAGGAGUUCAGUGGACCGUACAACACAAUGGUUGAGGUUCCUAUGAUUAGCCGCGACAGUCGGCGACUGAAAGAAGCUGAGGACCUGCUCCAGACGUAUAAGUUGAUCCUAUACCGGUUGGAAACUGUUGAUCUGAGGAGAAUGACAAAUGAAGAAAAGAUAGCAUUCUGGGUCAACAUACACAAUGCUUUGCUGAUGCAUGCUUAUCUGAAGAAUGGCGUCCCACAGAACAAUCUGAAGAAGACAUCCCUACUUGUUAAGGCUGCCUGCAAAAUCGCCGGACGAAACAUCAAUGUAGCCGUUAUCCAGAGCAUGGUUCUUGGAUGUAAUACCCACUGUCCCGGACAGUGGCUACGGACCCUGCUUUAUCCCAGGAUCAAAAGCAAAGUGAGCAAAGCCGGGCACGAGUGGAGAGCCUUUGCCGUUGCACAAUCAGAGCCUCUUUUACGCUUUGCGCUUUGUUCAGGGAGCCAUUCCGAUCCCGCGGUGAGGGUGUACACUCCGAAGCGGCUGUUCCACCAGCUGGAGGCGGCGAAGGAGGAGUUCAUCCGGGCGACGGCCGGCGUGUGGAGGGAGCAGAAGCUGCUGCUCCCGAAGCUGGUGGAGGCGUACGCCAAGGACGUGAAGCUGUCGCCGCAGGGGCUCGUGGACAUGGUGCAGCGCUACCUCCCGGAGAGCAUGAGGAUGGCCGUGCAGAGGUGCCAGCAGGGCGGCAGGUCGUCGAGCAAGGUUGUGGAGUGGGUACCCUACAACCCGGGGUUCCGGUACCUGCUCGCCAGGGACCUUGCGUUCCCGCACCUCAGCUGACCGUGUCUGUCUCUGCAGUAGCAGAUUAGCAGUAGAGCACGGUGAUGAACUGAAGAAGUUUGGUUGGCGUGGAGUAUAUGCGUGUACCAUAGGGUUAGAGAGUUAGACAAGGGUUUGUGCAGAUUUUGUGUCGUGUGGGUAGAGGAUCAGAUGAUCAAUGGUGACUGCUUGUGGGUUUCCAAUUGUCUGCUGUAAAAAAAGAGGGAAAAGGUUAUUUUGUAGAUGAACAGAAGGCAGAGGAUGAAAUGGGAAAGCUAAAAUGUUAGUAGUA